CGUGGUUAUAAAUCAUUUUGAGAAAAUAUCCCGUCAGGAGAGGGCUACUUAUUUCAUUCAACGACGGGACAUUUUUGUGAUGACACAGCACUCUAUCCAUUCGGUACUGACGUUGGUGAUAGUACAAUAGAUGACUCUACGAGACUCCUUCUAAUAAACCUACCAACCGCUAUUAAUUAUUUUGGUCGUAGUUUCAGUACAUUAUACAUAUCUAAAGAUGGAUACGUCAGUUUCAACCCCAAUACGACCUAUAUUCCUAAAUAUUGGCGAGAAAAUCCAAAGGAGCACAAUUAUCCCUUCAUAGCACCCUAUUAUUAUAAUGGUGAACCCAACACUGCUGACACAACGGAUAUUCCAGGAACUAUAUAUUAUAGAAGUGUAUCUGUCGACAGUGAUCCAACUUUCUUACAGCUGCUUGAACUAUAUAUGAUCACUAACGUAGUCGGUGUCAAGUUAUUUACCGCUGAUACCGCCCUGGUUGUAACAUGGGUUGACGUCACAGAUGUAAUCAGUGCUGCAGAUGGUUGUCAAGGAAACGCGUGCACACAGACCAAUACAUUCCAGUUAGUUAUUGUAGCUGGUAAAAGUCAGACAUUCACCAUCUUUAAUUAUGGUAAAAUGGACUCCACAGGACAUACAUACUAUCAGGCUGGAAUGAAUGGUGGAUAUAAUAUUGGAUGGACCGAUGUGUACUGUGAUGAUGACUGUUCUUCAACUAAAUUAAACCAACUUCCAAACUUACAAGGCAGUGAUACAGUUGGACGAUUUAUAUAUAAAGUAUCCGAGCAAGUGAUAAUCAGAGGGGGCUGUCUUCCUCCUAAUUCACCAUCAGGAAAAUUGGAAUUCUAUCCCCAGUUUGCUAACAUGUAUGGCGGAGAAAUAAUAGAGAUAUCAGGAUAUUGUACCCAACCGGAUGUUCAGGCCACGUGUAAAUUCGGAUUUGCGGAAGAAACACAGGCUAUGAUAUUUCCUAAUUCGCCCAAAAUUCACUGUGAGGUACCAAAGUUAACAGAAAGGGGUGUGGUCAAUUUGGUUGUCACUCAAGGUCAAUCACAGACACUAACUGGACAUUUUCAUAUUGUUUUAUUCGGAAGAUCAAAUCAUCACGUUUACCCUAUAAACCCCCAGAAUCCAGAAAGAGUUGUUUGGAAUGAAACCAACCCUGAAGAACUAUCUUUAAAAUGGGAUAUAGCUGGUUUAAAUGAUGCUGGUGGUAGUGCAACAGUAGAUAUUAACUUAAUAGGUUAUCGAGAAGACGAAAAUGGGUUUUAUUGGGAAUUGCUGGAUGUACUCGGAAAGGACGUGUUGAAUGCUGAAGGACAAUAUACCUUCAAAACUGCUGAUCAUCAAUGCAAGGGUGACCAGUGCUGGAUGUACGAGAUGGGGGUUGUUGAGGUACGAUUACCCAGGCAAUACUGGACUGCUUCAACUAAAAACAGUUCUUACACAUACGGUGUUGUACCACUCGGAUGGUUUGUAAGGGAUUACAUGGAACAAACCUAUGGUGCCGAUUGGAACUCUCAGAAAUGUCAGAAAUGGUAUGAAAAAGACAAGUUAAAUAUGGCUUGGCAGGAAGAACUUUUGGCAUGUCCCUGUAAUCUGAAUCAAGCUAUAACAGAUUUUGGUCGCUGGCAGCCAGACGUUGGUUGUAAUAUGCACACCGGAAGUGCUUGUCAUUACCAUAUAGGUGCAAUUCAUUGCGUUCGAUCUGUAAACCCCACGGCGUCCGGCGCUGGGAAUCAAUGUUGUUACAACGAGGAUGGAAGUUUGAAAUAUGCCGCUGAUUCUUAUCAAGGCUCUACACCAGAUCGAGCCCAUGACUGGGGAGCGCCACCAUUUAAUAAACCAGGUUAUGUCCCUUCCUUGUCCCACUGGAUCCAUGACGUCAUUAGUUUCUAUCAUUGUUGCCUCUGGGUAGAAUAUCAACAGUGUGAUUUAUAUAUGGAGCAAAGAGCAACACGUGACUGUAAGAAUUAUUCCCCGCCUAAAACAGCGUUUAUUUACGGCGAUCCUCAUAUAACAACAUUUGAUUUAGUUUCCUAUGAUUUUUAUGGUAGAGGUGAAUAUUGGUUAUUAAAACACGAUCAGAUGUCCAUACAGGGAAGAUUUGAAGACACGCAUUUAUCAUACACCCCGCUAUUACCAAUAAAUAUAACGGUAUUAUCUGGUGUGGUGAUGAAAGCUCCAGGCAGUUGUGUAGUGGAGAUCAGGUUUAAUUCUCCAGUUGGGAGCUCGGGACCAGUUUUAAAUGUUAUUGUUAAUAAUAAGACUAGGGUGUUUGGCGGAUCAGAACCAGAAUGGCAAGACUAUAUAGGUGUGUCUGUGGUACAGAAUAGUGUUGGUUAUAACAGUAACCCACAGUCUAAUUUUACCAUAAUGUUCCAGUCAGGUGUUGGGGUAUUAGUUGCUGCCGUUAAUCAACUUCUUCAUCUUACUGUUGUCAUACCACCUGAAUUCAAGGGGUCGACGAGUGGUUUAUUGUAUGUUCUAUUUAUAUCUCUAGGGGUCGACCAAUGGUUUAUUGGGUACUUGGGAUGA